CGGAAGUGGCGUAUCCCAAGAGGGUGGAGAGUAAAGAUGGCUGAUGAGGACGAAGACCAGACGUUCGAGGAGGAGAACGACGAAACUGCAGGAGGAGCGGAGGGAGGACUCGGCAGGCGGAAGAGGCUCUUCUCUAAGGAGUUGCGCUGUAUGAUGUAUGGAUUCGGAGACGAUCAGAACCCGUAUACAGAAUCGGUGGACAUUCUGGAGGACCUGGUGAUAGAAUUCAUCACCGAAAUGACGCACAAGGCAAUGUCCAUCGGACGCCAGGGGCGGGUCCAGGUGGAGGAUAUCGUGUUCCUGAUCCGGAAGGACCCACGGAAGUUCGCCAGAGUGAAGGAUCUGCUCACCAUGAAUGAGGAACUGAAACGUGCCAGAAAGGCGUUCGGUGAGGCCAACUACGGUUCCUGAG